AUGGAAAACGCGAUAGGGGUGGCAUUGCUGCAGGAAAUCUGGCUCAAGAAAGAGGAAACUUUUCGUCUGGCACACUACAGAUUAGCAUCUUUUAGGCGCAAUCAGGGAUUCGGCGGAGUGGGGAUUCUGGUGCACGAAACACUAGCCUUUGAAACAAUCGAGUUUGAGGACCUCCUACCGAUCGAGGCGAUCGGAAUCAAGAUAACAAGAGGCUUCUCCCCGCUCAAACUGAUUUCGGUCUACAUUCCUCCCGGACAAACCCCAAUCGGAGAAACCAGAAGGAAAAUGCAAGAGUUCUUCGAGACUCUGGAACUGAUGGAAGGCGAAAUUAUCGUCGGAGGCGAUUUCAAUAGUCACCACCAGAGCUGGGAUCCCGGCUCGAUCAACUGCCCCAAAGGAAAUACGCUCAAUAGCAUCUUGGAACCCUCUAAAUUCAUACUGCUUAACGAUGGCACACCCACGUGCAUGUCUACGGUCAGCAGGAACAGCACGGUGAUCGACCUCACCUUAGGAACGGCCGGAAUAGCAACAAAAUCUCGCUGGGAAGUUAUCCCCCAGGAAUUUGGCAGCAACCAUUUAUCGAUCAUCAUUAAUAUCGGAAGCGAAAUCCCCGUGGUACCAGGGAAAAUCAAAAGGGUGAACAAAGACAGAGCAGCUGAACUGAUCAACCAAUUGAAGCCCCAAUACAUCUACAACCCAGAAGAAAUGCAGGCGAUCUUCGAAGAUAGCGUGGAAAAAGCCAGCUUCAUCGUUAAAGACAAAAAGGGAAAUUUCCUGAAGCGCUGGUGGUCCCAGGAAAUCAACGCUGCGUACACACAAAAAAGAGAAAUGCUACGAGAUUACAAUCGCUCCAAGACAAUCACCAAUCUACUCAAGCUGCAAAAAGCACGGGCCAAUCUGAAGAGGCUCAUACGGAAAGCAAAACGAGCUUACUGUCAGGAACUCUCCGAGGCAGUUGAUGAGGAAACCCCCACUAGACAGCUGUGGAAUAUCAUAAAGGGCAUAGACACAGCGCUAACUCAACCAGUGAGCCGGAAACCAGAAAUCACACAGGAAGACGCCCAGCGGUUCCUUGCACACUACUACGAUAACAAGAUGAAAUCGGUAAGGAAACCCCACACAGACACCCUCACCGAGUGGAAAGGCUACGAAAUGGCACUCCAGGUUGAGGAAAUCCUUGGAGCCCUAAGGAAGAGGAAGGCAUAUUCCGCUCCGGGAGAAGAUGGGAUGUCGUACGGCAUCCUAAAAAAUCUCAGACUAGACAUGCAGAUAUAA